AAUAACAUAUUAUCAAACAUUUAAAUUUGUUUUUGAGAACAAGAAUUUUAUUUGCAAUAUCUUUAAAAAAAUUAUCUGGAAAAUGAAUGUAUAUGCCAACAAAAGCGUACUUAUUGAUAACUGGUACGAAGAUAAAUAUGGCACAUUCCCGUCAAAAAAUGAAGGUAAUUGGAAUUCAACUUAUCAAAGAGAUUACAGCGAACGUGUUUUGCCUAUCCGAGAUAACAGGGUUAUGCGGAAUAUAAGGGAAAGAUCAUUGGGAAUGCCAAUUAAUUUAUUCCGUGAACAUGGUGUCCCCAAUGCCUACAAUAAAAACAUGAGUUCCUUGUACGAUUUAAAUUGCAUGGCUGCUUACAAUCCACCAUUGUACAGACGUUACAAUUCAAGAUCUGGACUCUGGAAACCUGAACGAAAUUUCACAGCCAAUUAUGGACCAGGACGAAGUGAAUUGUUGAAAAAAAAGCAAGCAACUUGGAACAUUAUUAUGAAGGAAUUCCUACCUAGUACAGAGUAUCAGUGUAGUUAUACAACAAGAUAGAUAAAAAUAAUAAUUUGCACCAAAUCGUAUUUAAAAAUAAAAAUAAUGAUUCUUAUAUAAAUGUCAAAUUAGAA